AGAGAAAGAGGUACGAGCCUUGCGGGCGGUGGCCCCUCGUUGCCCCCCCCCCCCCCGCUGGUGACUGACAGAUAACGGUCUCGCCUCGCGGGCUGCCCUCUUCGUCGCCGCUUCCGGCGAUUGCGAGCGGGAUGGGGGCUCAGGACCCGGGAGGACGCGGCCGUGAAGCUGCCCCGUGUUGCUCGGGGGCUAGCCUGUAAGAAGCACGCUGCGGAGCCUUAGAAAGCGUAAAGGAGAGAUUUAGAGAGUCGUCUUUGAAACAAAAAGGCCAAUGGAAAUGGCCAGUGUGCUUUGUAACAGAGCUAGACUGGUGACGUACCUGCCAGGAUUUUAUUCUUUGGUUAGAAGGGUUGUAAAUCCCAAAGCUUUUUCCACAGCAGGAUCAUCUGGCUCAGACGAGCCUUCUGUAGCAGCUGCACCUCCUGAUAUAUGUCCGAGAACUGUGUGGCCAGAUGAAGCAAUGGGGCCUUUUGGGCCACAGGACCAGAGAUUCCAGCUACCGGGUAACAUAGGUUUUGACUGUCAUCUAAACGGCACAGCAUCUCAGAAGACAACGCAAGUCCACAAAAGAUUGCCUGACGUUUUAGUGGAGCCUUUGGCGAGCGAGAGGCAUGAGUUUGUGAUGGCUCAGUACAUCAAUGAGUUUCAGAGCACUGAUGUUCCUCAUAAACAAGAAGUUAAUAAUGCAAAAGCAUACUUUGAAGCUGCCAAGGUAGAAUGUGCAAUACAAACAUGCCCGGAACUAUUGCGCAAAGAUUUUGAGUCCAUGUUUCCAGAAGUGACUUCCAAUAAUCUAACCAUACUAACAGUAACUCAGAAAACUGCAAAUGAUAUGACUUCCUGGAGUGAAGAAGUUGAAAGUGAGCGAGAGACUCUCAUAGAAAAUUUUAUCAAUGGUGCCAAGGAAAUUUGCUGUGCUUUGUCCGCUGAAGGCUAUUGGGCAGAUUUCAUUGACCCAACUUCAGGAUUGGCAUUUUUUGGCCCUUAUACAAAUAACGCCCUUUUUGAAACGGAUGAACGGUAUCGCCAUUUAGGAUUUUCCAUCGAGGACCUUGGCUGCUGCAAAGUUAUUCGUCAUAAUCUCUGGGGAACACACGUGGUAGUAGGAAGCAUUUUCACCAACGCUGCACCUGAGAGCCCUAUCAUGAAGAAACUGAGAGAGAAUUAAUUGCAUGGCACCAUGUUGUUGUCUCUUAAGCACUGGUCAAUAAACACUGUUGGGAAAAAAUCAAGUGUUAAAUUACACAGAUUUGAAGGGUUUGUUUUUUUUUAAAUCUUAUUUAUUUUAGGCAGUGGGUUGUAUGCAUUCUCUACACAAUCUGUUAUGGUAGCUUACCUUUUUAUUUAAGAAGUGUGUAUAUGUAAUGCUAAGGCCAUUUUCCCUGUUAUAAACGAAAUUAAUACUUUGGAACACGAAUCUUUGACAUUAUAAUGCCAUUUCCAUCAGUAUGUCCCUGACCAAAUCUGUAGUUUAGGAAAUUAUAAAAUAUUUUAUAAAUUGCAGAUAAUGAAGAUUACAAUUAAGUGAGGAGUUGUUUAAGUUUGAACAAAAGCGGUCUUGAGAGAACAUUCACAGUUGUACAACUAUCUAGUAUUAAAGAAAACUAAUUACAAUCUUA